GUGAUUUCGGGGCUGUUGGCCAACACUGAAACUUGUAUACGCGUAAAUCGCAAAUAAAUUUGUUUGUGCCGUGGAAUGUUUUUGUAAAAGUGCUAAUUAGUCGACGGAGGACAUGUAAAACGGAGCCUGACCCACACCAUUGACUUAACACACACGGAGGAGGAGGAGCAUGUACUUUCCCGUGGGCUGGCCCAAGCGGGUUGGCCUGGCGCUGCCCGGCGAGGGCGCCUGCAUCCGGCACAUCUGCUGCGACGCCGUCAAGAUACUCGUGGCCGCCGUGGGCGAUGACUUCCUAGGCAUUUGGUACGCGAAUCCGCUGAUUCCCAUUGCUUACUUUCGCCGCUCCCAGGACUCGCUGCGGCAGUAUGGCUCCAACCAGCUGAUCGUGUGGAAGCCGGACUCCCGGCAACUGGCAGUGCUAAGUGCUGGUGGCGCCCUGCUUCUCUACCAGUUGGAUUUCGAUGCUAACGGCAGUGGGAUCUUGCUGCAGGUGGAUCCACCAGCCGCAAGCCUGAAGCGGGACUCCGCCGAGCUAUUCAUCAAGGAGAACAUCCCGCGCCUGAGCCUGCGCGAGCUGUGCAGCGUCACCCUGGGUUCCGUCAUCACCACCGUGUGCUGCAUCAGCCUCAGCGAACUGCUGUUGGCCACGCAGUCGUGCGAGUUGCUGCGGCUGCAGUGGGCCCAACUGGAGCAGGCCGAGAACGAGCUGGAGGUGCCCGCCCUGGCCGCCAUCAAGCUGCGCGACAUUCCGUUCUACGUGCAGCAGCAGCAGGCUCAGCAGGGCUCCGCCCGGAACGUGCCACCCCUAAGCCGGGACUCCUAUGUCGCCUCGCUGGAGUACUCGCCCUUCAUCGGUGGCUGCGCGGCGGUCUUUAGCGAUCGGCGUGCCGCCUUCCUGAUUGCCAACCAUCUAAAGUUCGAAACGGAUCACAUGCACGGCUUCUGGGUACCCGACGUGGAGGAUGCCAGCGUGUGCAGCGUGAACCACAAGUUCCGGCUGCUUGCCUACGGCCAGGAGAGCUCCGGCGUGAAUGUAUAUGCGAUUGACGAUGCUACCGGCGGACUGGAGUUCUCGCACCGUCUGAUGCUUACGGAGAACGUGCUGCCCGGCAGCUUGGGGGCGGUCAACGAGCUAAAGUGGAGUCCUGAUGGCUGCGUCUUGGCCGUGAGUUGGACGAAUGGCGGCCUGUCGCUGUGGAGCACCUUCGGAGCUUUGCUGAUGUCCACCUUGAGCUGGGACUUUGGCCUAAACGUGGACCUUCUUCGACAGAAUCCGCUCAAGCUGCGCCGCCUGGAGUGGUCCACCGAGGGCUACCAGCUGUUUAUGCUGACGCAGGAGCAGCUGCAGGGCAGCCGGGACAAGGAGCAGAGCAACGUACUGCAGCUGCAGUUCGUAAAGAGCGCACUGAGCAUGAAUCCCUGCAUGACCACCAACCCGCACAUCCUGCUGCAGGGCGACGAUUGCCUGUACCUCAAUCAGGGCAACAAUCUGGAGCGGACGUAUGCCGGCAGCCAGUCCACAUUCCCCUCGAGCGGUAGCUCAGAUCAGGCAACGGCGACGGACAGCGAUAGCGACUGCCUGGAGCUGAAGCAGAGCCCGCACACGGGCAGCAUCCUCACGGAGAGCAAGUACUGGACUGUGCUGCAACUGCCGCUGAACUAUGCGGCCACCAACUGGCCCAUUCGGUAUGCCGCAAUCGAUGCGGAUGGCCUUCACCUGGCGGUGGCUGGCCGCACUGGACUGGCACACUACUCGCUGGUGAACCGCCGCUGGAAGCUCUUCGGCAACGAGUCGCAGGAGAAGGACUUUGUGGUAUCUGGCGGCCUGCUCUGGUGGCAGGGCUUCGUGGUCAUGGGCUGCUACUCGCUGCUUGACCGCACGGACGAGCUGCGCUGCUAUCCGGCGGAGUGCAAGCUGGACAACCAGUUCGGACACAAGCUCCAGGUGCGGGCUCCGGUGAUCAGCCUGAACUCCUUCCGGCACCAACUGAUCGUUCUCACGGCGGACGGAAUCGUGAGUUUGUUCAACAUGACCAAGAAAUCGGCAUACGCUUUGGACAUUGAGUGCGCCUACGAGCUGGACGUAAAGAGUAUCUGCAUCCAUCCUGCGUGCAUUGUGAGCCUGACAGUCACCAACCUCAAGAACGAGCUAAAGCCGCAGGGACAACAGCUGGCAGAGCAGGCGGAAACCAUCAUUGUGAACGUGUGCGGCCGCAUCCUGAUGAUUCAGCGCGAUGCUGGGGAGCAGGUUCCCAACACCUUGCUGGCCACCUGCCUGGCCAGCUGCGUGGAGGUCUUCUGGCUGUCGCACUCCCUGGAGCGUUGUGCGAUGCGCGACUGCCUCUGGCUGUACUCGGGAGCCCAUGGCAUGCGUGUGUGGCUGCCCAUCCUGCCGCCGGGCAGGGAGCGGCGCGAGGGAGAACAAGGCGGAGCCCAGCGGCUGCACAGCUUCAUGUCUAAGCGGAUAAUGCUGGGCUUUCCCCUAAAGCUCUAUCCGCUGGUUGUGCUCUUCGACAACGUGAUUGUGCUGGGCGUGGAGAACGAAAGCACGCUGUAUGCCAACGAGGAGGGCUCCCACUUCUCCCUGCCAUUCGCCACCAUGGAGCGCAAGUCGCAAAUCUACCUGCACAAGGUUCUCCGCCAGCUGAUCAAACGGAAUCUCGGAUACUCGGCCUGGGAGAUUGCGCAGUCUUGUCGCUCGCUUCCAUACUUUCCGCACGCUUUGGAGCUGCUCCUGCAUGAGGUACUAGAGGAGGAGGCCACCAGCAAGCAGCCGAUUCCGGAUGCCCAGCUACCCAGCAUUCUGGACUUUAUACGCGAGUUUCCCGUCUACCUGGAGACCAUAGUGCAGUGUGCCCGCAAGACGGAGAUUGCCCUGUGGCCUUACCUUUUCUCGAUGGCCGGAAAGCCCAAGGAGCUGUUCCAGCUGUGCCUACAGUCGGAGCAGUUGGACACAGCGGCCAGCUACCUGAUAAUACUGCAGAACUUGGAGCCCUCGGUGGUGAGCAAGCAAUAUGCCACCAUGCUGCUUGACAUUGCACUGCAGCAGCGCAAGUGGGAGCUAGCCAAGGACCUGAUCCGCUUCCUCAAGGCCAUCGAUCCCAACGAAAUCGACUCGCCGCGGUCUUCUAUGGUGGUGAAUGUCAAGAUCGCUCCACCGCCGCAGGUGAACACGCAGCAGCAAGUCAAUCAGAAUGCGGAUGCCUUCAACAUGGUCCUGGGUCCCAUCGCCCGGGAGCGCAGUUUCUCCACCACUGUGACCAGCAACCUGCCCAAGGACAAGCAGGCGCUGCCUGGAGCCGGAGUGCCGCCUGUGGCCGAGUCGAGCAGUUCCGGGCCACCAACGGUGGUGCGUCGUCGCUCCACGAAGCAGCGAGAGACAUUCUGCAUCGACCUAAUCCUCCAGCGCCAUGCCCGUCAGUUGCUGCAAAACCACAAGCUGAUGGAUCUUGGCUAUAUGUGCGCCUACCUGGACUUCCAUUUGGUCACGUGGCUGUCGCAGGAAGCGGAGAAGGCGGCCAAACUAGACGACUUUGCCGGCGCCCUGCUGGCCCUGCACGCGGAGCUUCAACUGCCCAGUCCAUUCCCGCCACCAUCAAAGGACGACUUUGCCCAGCUGCGCGGCAGUCACCGGCAGGCAGGUGGCGGGGGGUCCUCCUCGCAGACCUCAGAGUCGGGCUACUUCAGCCUGGCUACGCCAAACGGUGCGGCCACCCAGUCGCCGCAGCUGCAGCCAAGCAUCAAGGAGGAGGAGGCCGAGGAGCCGCAACAGCCCAGCUCGCUGCCCGUCCUGAAGACGCGUUCCGAAUCGCAAUUGUCUUUUGAUAACUUCCGCUACCGUCGAUUGUACUCCCUGCCAGCCUCCGAGGACGACCUGGCCGUGGAUCCGCUGCCCGCGAAGCUGUCCAUCAAGCUGCGCUAUCUGCUGCAGCUCUUCAGCGAGGCCAAUUGCACGGACUACGCCCUGGUGCUGUCGAUUUUGCUACAGGACGCUGCCUCCAUAUCUCGGAUCGUGAACGGGAUAAUCCGAAGCGAGUCGGUGCACACCUGCCGGCGCACGGAGACUGCCCUGAAGCAGCUCAGCCACAGCACAUUCGAGCACAGCGGUUCUCUAUACCGGGGAUUUGUGCUCACCCUGCAGCCGCAUAUCUACCUGCUGGAGCAGUAUAUUCAGUCGCUGGGAGACGCCGCUAAUACACCGCUGCAAGACGUCGGCACGGCCAGUGAACAGGGUGUGGACGCAGUAACGGGAAUCCAUGAGCUCGAGGAUGAGGAGGAAGAUUUUGUGCCAAAAUCCCAGCAGGCUAAUGGCAACCAGUGGAUGGUGACCACUGCUGACCUGCGGCCAAAUCACCAGCGUCUCACGCGGCACGCCAGUCUCGAAUCGAACGGGAACGCCACGAUGGUCAGCGGCUCCUCCGCCCAGUCUACGCCCACGCAGCGCCAGAUGCCAAGGCAGAGCAGCGGCGAGCGCGAGGGCUGUCGCCUCAUGUAAGCGGUUAGCCGCAGUCCGUAAUCCGUCAGCCGUGAGCCGGGAGCCGAAAGCCGUCAGACGUAAGCCGUAAGCUGGGAGCCGUAAUCCGUAAACCGUGAGUCGUAAUCCCGUAUUCCACAUACUCAGUGUAAGGACGUAGACAUAUACGUACUCAAUACGUGCAUACUUUUUGUAACUCCGUGGCGAAAAGCCUGGUUUUGUUCGCCGUAACUUGUUGUUGAAUUUUUCCGUUAAUUGUAAGUCAGCGUACAUACACAGAAUUAGAGACAGAGAGAUGGGAUCGGGUCCCGGAGGAGGAACACGCAGACAACGAAGCGAAAACAAACAUCCGUGUAAACGUAUGAAGCAUACGUAACGUAAUCCAUAAUUUAGUAGAUGAAAUUUGCUGCAAUAUUUGUUAAUUAAAAUUAUACAAACAAUAUACUUAAAUAUACAAAUCAAAUACAAUUAUAUUUUUACUAAUAAAUGAAACUAUUUAACAAUAAA